GGUGUCCUUCAUCCAAUCCAAACUCUCUCACACUAUACAAUCUUCUCUCGUUUCGUUCUGAUCCCUUUCCUUAAAACACUGACCCUCAACAUGACUCGUAAUUACAAUUUUGCCAUUUUGCUCUCUGUGAUUGCAGUGCUGCUUCUUCCCGCGCUAACUUCAGCGGCGCUGGUGGAGCAGCAGCCGCUGGUUCUCCAGUACCACAAUGGCCAGCUCCUCAAGGGACGCAUCACCGUUAAUCUCGUCUGGUACGGUUCCUUCACUCCAAUCCAACGCUCCAUAAUCGUCGAUUUCAUAAACUCGCUUAGCUCACCGAGUGCCAAGCUUCCCUCCGCCGCAUCGUGGUGGAAGACCACCGAGAACUACAAAGGUGGAUCCUCUGCGCUCGUCGUAGGGAAGCAGUUCCUACACUCUGCAUACACACUCGGGAAGAGUCUCAAGAAUAAGGACCUAAUGGCCUUGGCUUCCAAGUUCAACGCUCAGAGUAACGAACUCUCCGCCAUCACGGUGGUUCUCACCGCCAAGGACGUUGCCGUCGAGGGAUUCUGUAUGAGGUGUGGAACUCACGGUUCGACCCGACCCGUAAACGGGAAGCCACGAACCGCUUACGUUUGGGUCGGGAACUCCGAGACUCAGUGUCCUGGUCAAUGCGCGUGGCCGUUCCACCAGCCGAUCUACGGUCCACAGACCCCGCCGCUAGUGGCGCCUAACGGCGACGUUGGCAUCGACGGGAUGAUCAUUAACCUUGCCACUUUGCUCGCCGGAACUGUGACAAACCCGUUUAACAACGGAUACUUCCAGGGUCCGGCGACGGCGCCGUUGGAGGCUGUGACGGCGUGCACGGGGGCGUUCGGGAGCGGGUCUUAUCCGGGUUACCCGGGUCAGGUGUUGGUGGACAAGGCGAGCGGUGCGAGCUUCAAUGCGUACGGGCUGAGCGGGAGGAGGUACCUGUUGCCGGCGAUGUGGGACCCUCAGACUUCAAAGUGCAGGACGCUCGUGUGAGGGGAGGUGCACCGAAGUUUGCUGUAUGGACUCGGGCUUACGUGGCACAAUCUGGUGUGCGCUAAUGGCUUUGUAGAUAUGGAAAUAUUAAGUUUGUAAGGAGAAGUGGGGGAUGGAAGUGUGUUGGCUUUUAGCUGCUUUUGUCGUUUAGUAUGACGUGUAAAUUCUGUUCCUAUAUACUAAAGCGGAUGAAUGAAUAUUAAAUAUUAAUGUUAUAAAUAUGGAAAACGAGGAAAUAAGUUUUAGACCUAGCAUAAAGAAGAAACGAGGCAUAUUAUUGCUGAUAUUACUCUCUUUCUAAAAUUGUAUAAUAAAUGAAAAAUAUGUUUGUACUGUUACAAGUUAUAACUUGUACUAAAUAAAUAAUAUUUUUCUGCUGUAUUAAAGCUAGUUUUGUGGCGGUGAUUUUGUUGGUUUGUAGAACAGAGGGAAAAUGGAGUGGUGUUGGACUGUU